UUGAAUGUUGAUGUUAUUAUAAUUAAAUAUUGCUGGGUACCUUUAUUUGUAUAAUAAUUUUAAAAGGUAGUACUUAUCUAAAAUUAUAAAUAUUUCUGAAGAAGGCUAUUUAUUACAGUCAUCCGAUAGGCUGCAUAAAAAUGUGAAAUGGUUUAAGUGGUUUGUAGCAAUAAAACAAUGUCGAGACUGUAUUUCGAUAUCAGAGAGGAUCAGUGGCCACUGGUUUAUCAUGACAAAUACAAUGUAUCAUUUUGUGGCUUUGAGAAAUUUCAUGUGUUUGACUCUAAGAAAUGGGGUAACAUAGUACAGAUACUUAAGGAUGCCAAUUUUAUAUCUGUGGAUUGUUUGGUGAAACCUAAUGAAGCAAAUGAAGAUGACUUACUUAUUGUUCAUACUAAAAAGUAUCUGAAGUCUUUAAAGUGGAGUACUAAUGUGGCAAUAAUAGCUGAGGUGCCUAUUAUGUCAUGUGUACCAAAUGUUUUUGUGCAGAGAGCAUAUUUGAAACCCAUGAGGCUACAAACAGGUGGAUCUAUAUUGGCAGGGAAACUAGCAUUGGAGAGAGGAUGGGCUAUCAACAUCGGUGGGGGGUUCCAUCACUGCAGCAGUACAAAGGGUGGGGGCUUCUGUCCGUAUGCUGACAUAACAUUGCUUAUCAAGUUUCUUGUUAUGUAUAGGAGUGUGCAGAAUGUAAUGAUCGUUGACUUGGAUGCUCAUCAGGGCAAUGGCUAUGAGAGGGAUUUUCUCGGAGUUCCCGAAGUAUAUAUAAUGGACAUGUACAAUAAAUAUAUUUAUCCCAAAGAUGAGAAAGCGAAAGGUGCUAUCAGAAGGAAGAUAGAGUUAAAUAACAGAGUUGAGGAUCUCGAAUACAUGGUGAAGUUGAGGCAGAAUUUAAAGGCCGCAUUAAAGGAAUUUAAGCCCGACAUAUUGGUUUAUAACGCCGGAACAGACAUUCUCGAUGACGACCCACUAGGACACAUGCACAUCAGUGAUAUUGGUAUAAUAAAACGUGAUGAGUUCGUGUUUGAAAUGUGCAAGGCUCACAAAAUCCCCAUUGUGAUGCUAACAAGUGGGGGCUACCUUCGAAAGACCGCCAGAAUUAUCGCCAACUCUAUCGUCAAUCUGAAAAACAAAAAUCUCAUUGGUAACGAGCCCAGAAACUUUGCAGAGCGAACUCCUGAAACCCGCGAGUAGAAUAUCAUUCUUCAAGUAGACUUGAUGAAGUAGAUCAUGUAGUUAAAUAUCUCGAUUAAUGUCAUGAUAUGAAGAGAUUGUUAUAAAAAAAAACUAACCGACGAAUUGAGAACCUUCUUCUUUUUUGAAGUCUGUUAAAAACAAUGGAUGCCUCGACGGGGUAAUGUAUAGAAAUAAUAUUUGAAAUGCGAUACUACUAAAUACAUAGUCUUUCUAAAAGACUUCAUGAAAAUGUAACAUUGAUAGAAUGGAUUUUUAAUAUACUUUCCCAUACUUAGCACAUCAAAGAAGGUAUGACCGAAUGGGAAUAAUUCUCUUUUUGGAAUAGCGAUACUAUUGAAUGCACAGUUAUGUAUUCUUUCGAAAAGACUUCAUGAAAUAAUGUCGAUUGAAUGUAUUUUUAACAUCCUUCUAUCGAUUGAAGAAUCCUCAAGGUUAUGAUUAAUCCAUCAUAAAACUUAAUGACCGAAUGUCUUUCGAGAAGACGUCAUAAAUAAUGUGAAAAUAGACGAAAUUUAUUUUAAAUCUAUUUAACAGCUGACGUAAAUGGAUGACCGGCAGGGAAAUUGGAUGACCGGUUGGGAAAAUACUCUCGUUUUAGCUCGCAAUACAGUGAUACAAUAUUCCUGAAACCUUAUUAAUGAAAUGAUAGAAUGCUAAUUUUGUUAAGGUUUACAAUAAGCAGAGAAUGUAUAUUGACUCCUCAGAAAAAUGAAAACGUUUUUGAGUAAAAUACGAAAUGUAAUCUAGCAAAAAAUGUGCUAAAUGGAACGAAGUCUAUUGAAAUCAUUAAUCAAAACGUUUAAAACUUUGAAUAAAAUUAAAUUCCGUAAUAUGUAUUGUUCUAGUUGCACAACGAAAAAAUUAAAUAAUUGUUUUUUCACAAUAAUUAAUAGCAAUUUAGUCUUUUAAAUGUACUUCUUAAUCUCAAAUUAAUUAUAAUAUUAUGUAGGGUGCUAUUUGUGUACUUUUUGUUUUCGUGUUUUUUUUUACAAAUAAUUCAAUUCCGACCACUCGAUCACACGGCGCUAUAUGAGGGUAGUUUUAAAAUUGUUCAACAAGCAAAUAAUAACCGUGACCAUGAGUGACUGUUCACACACACUCAAACAGACUCGAGAAUAAGUAAGAGAUGAAAUAGGUAUCGAAGAGAUUUUAAUGGAAAUUAUUAUUACUAAAGAUCAGUAUUGAUAAUAUUAUUAGUAUACUUUGGUGUUUAUCACCACCGAGAAAAUUUAUCGUAUUUUGGCUGUGUAAUAUUAUAGUAAAUAUUCCCGAUGUGUUAUCAGACUACAUCAGCUCUGUAAGAAAAAAACGAUUCACUCGAUUGUAUGAAACGUGCAGUCAUUGACAGAUGACGGCUAUAAUCCUGUAAAAAACAGAGAUAGCUGGAUUAUACUUCGAUCGCCAAUCGCUAUACUGUAUUUACUACUAUUUCAAAGUUAUAUGUAACCACGGCACGUUUCAUACUAAUUUUACUCAGGUAGUCCUGCCUCUUAUUACGUAGUAUUUACAUUCUCUUUUGACUACAUAAUGAGACAUAGAGAAAAAACCUAAACCUAAAUGAUUUUAACAUAGAUUCGUUUAUUGUAUAUUUUCUAUUUUGUAAACGUUAUGGCGCAUUCCAUAUAUAUUCUGUGAUUUUAGAUUUGUGUAUGUGAUACAUAAAAUGAUCUCAUUAUUUCGUGCCAAAAAUAUAAUAUAUG